AUGAUGAAUCGCCGAAUCCUUGUCACCGCAGCUAAUUUUCUGGAACCAGUUAUGAAUAGAAUGAAAGAACUACGUAUUUGGUGCUUGGGCAGAGCAGGUUAUUUUGAUACGCCUUACAGAUAUCGCGUCUUUCGCGUUAUGCGUGUGCUCCCAAAAAGCAAUAAUCCGGAACACCAGCACGGUCCAAGAGGUUCUCAUGUUCCCAGACAUGACGUUGCUGUGAUUAUCAGCUUAGAUCAGAUAUAUAUUUGGUAUAGAAGACCUACCCACUACCAGUAUGCCUACCCGGGGUCCUUAACAUCUCCUCGACACACAUUGGACCCUGAGUUGUUAAUGGCAGGAUCUGGUUUUGAAUACUUAGAACAUAUUUAUGAAAAUUACAAAAUAUUCUACCAUGUCCUUCCAAGAACUGAUGUUGUUGAUUGUUCAAAAUACCUUCCCAAGUGGUGGGGUAAAUUUAUUUGUAUUAAAAAUUCCAAAGGUUUUCCUGGAAUUCAAAAUGGGGGUGCACUUAUAACUGAAUACAACACUUUAGUCGGUGUCGGAUGUUUUGAAAUACGAUACAAUGAUGAUAAAAUAUUUGUGUUCACAGAUUUAAGGUAUUACGUGCACUGGAUAUAUAAAGCCGCGGAACUUUAUCCCGGUCAGUAUUAUGAGUAUGCCUAUCCACAGUGGGGUCAGGUACUAUCAAGCAUAUACGAUGGUCACAUGAAUUGGCCUUACAUUCCUCACCAUCAAAAGCGUGAUGAUUUAUAUCCUUUAGGGAAAAAA